AUAAAAAGAACCGACAAUAGAAGGGACGUCGCAGUACAUUUACCGUGGGAACCACGCUGUUUUCGUCAGCAGCACUCUCGAGAAAACUUCCCUCGUUGGUAGCGUGAGCUGCGUUGAAAGGCUCAAGGCAUUUAGGUCCUCCUGAGACUUACUGAUCAACGGUGACCAUGGUUUCGUCAACAGUCGCCUUGUAUGGGCUUGUGAUGGCUAUGUUGGCCGUCAUCGCGUGCAGCGGAAACGAGCAGAUACCCGUGUAUGGAGGUUGGCAGAAGCACAACGUGGGGGACAAUGCCAUCUACGAGGAGCUGGCCCACUUUGCCGUUUCCAAGCAGAAGGCAGGCCGGGAGUUUUUCGACACCGUGCUCGAACUCGUCGAUGUCGAGACACAGGUAGUAGCUGGUAUAAACUACCGAAUCAAGUUCAAGAUAACUGAAUCGACCUGCAGAAUUACGGAGGUUUACAGCAAGACGACAUGUGUACCCAAGUCACGAGAGAACGUCAAGGACGUCUGUACUGCCGGUGUCGUUGAUCCUGCAACGAAGAAGGAGCCCGAACUUCUCUCAUUCACCUGCGAAGGAUCUUCUGCUUCCCAUUAAAAACUGAAUUAUGUUUGAGA